AUGAGAACCGCACAUCUGGCUCUGACCGUCAGCGCCCUGUCGGGGGCUGCCGUUGCCAAGGAACUGGAACCCAACGCUGAACUGUCAGCUUGGUACGAUACUGGUGCCGCUCAUCAGGAAAGCAUGGAACACAAGCUGGCCCAGUGGAAGGAGUUUGAAGCCGAGGGCAGGUUCGAGUCUGCUAAAUGGACGGCCCGCCCGAAGGAUUACAUCGCUUGCAAGGACGGCAAGGUUGAAUUGGUCAAGGGGGAUCCUCUCCAGACUUUCAGGUGCAAGGAUCUUGAUCUUUACGAUUUCCAGUCCCACGCUGCAUUGGGCAACUCGACUGGCAGAGGAUCAGGCUCCUGGGGUUGGUCAGCGCCUAACGGACGGGAGUUCUUUGCCGUUGGGCAGUACGAUGGAGCUGCUUUCGUCGAGAUCUCUAAGCAGGGCAAGCUCAUCUACCUCGGCCGUCUUCCCCAGUACUCCGUUCCCAGCCAGUGGCGCGAGAUCAAAACUUACAAGAACUAUCUUGUUGUCGGCAGCGAGGCUGUUGACCACGGCGUCCAGUUCUUUGAUCUACGAAAGCUUCUGGAUAUCGAUCCGAAGAACCCCAUCACCUUCUCUCAAAGCGACUUGACGGCACACUGGAGCGAGGCUCUGCCUUUGGGUCGCAGCCACAACGUUGUGGUCAACGAAGAGAAGGGUUAUGCCGUCACCGUCGGUGCUCAGCCUCGCAAAAACCUGCCUUGUGAUUCAGGGCUUCAGUUCCUGGAUCUCGCCGAUAUUGCCAAUCCUCAAUAUCUCGGAUGUGCUGCUGGCGAUGGCUACGUUCACGACGCGCAAUGCAUCGUUUAUCGAGGACCUGAUGUCAAGUACUGGGGCCGUGAUAUCUGCUAUGGCUACAAUGAGGACACUUUGACCAUCUAUGAUGUUACCGACAAGAAUACUACCAACAUCAUCUCGCGCACUUCCUACGAGGGUGCUACGUACACUCAUCAAGGCUGGAUUAUCGACCCCAACUGGCAAGAUUUCCUCGUGUUGGACGAUGAGAUCGACGAGCGAAACAAGACUGGCCCUGCAGCUGAUGGAUUCCCCGUCACAUACUUCUGGGAUAUCAGGAGCCUCGCAUCGCCGCGCCAGACUGGAAUUUUCAAGGGAACUGUGCGAAGCGUUGACCACAACCAAUACAUCAACCGCGACCUGUCUUACCAGAGCAACUACGGUGCCGGUCUGCGUAUCUUAGACAUUUCAUCUAUUCGGAAAGAUCCGACAGCGAAGGGUGUCAAGGAGAUUGCCUACUUUGACAUCUAUCCCGAAGAUGACCAGGAGGAAGGCGGUGGUUUGAACAACUACGUCGGCACUUGGAGUCACUACCCCUUCUUCAAGAGCGGCUACAUCGUAAUCAACACUAUGGAGCGUGGCGUGUGGGUCGUCAAGCGAUCCAACCCUUGGUGGUGGCCUUGGUAA